UCACUUGGCCGCCGAUUCUACUGACCACCACCAUUGCCACACCAUCCUGCCGAUUCGAUCAGCGGUGUGAACUUAGCAACUGCGUGAACCCAAUGACAACGAUGCACCGCCGCCUUUGUGAACGGAGGGAAUUACUGGAAUCUGGGUGCAAGUGACAAGCGGCUAGAGGAAUCAAAGCACUCGGUAUAAAGGCAGUGCCUGCCGACGAAACAAAUACCAAAUCCUGACCAGCAACGAGACGGGAUGAAGCUGCUGGGCAAAUACGUGGACAAGGGCAUGCAGGGAAAUGUGACCCUGGUGCCGGAGGAGUCCGAGGAUAUGUGGCACGCCUACAAUUUGAUUGCGAAAGGCGACAGCGUGCGCAGCACCACUAUUCGCAAGGUGCAGAAUGAAACGGCUACUGGCUCCUCCACCAGCAGCCGGGUGCGCACCACACUAACCAUCGCAGUGGAGAGCAUAGAUUUUGAUACGCAGGCUUGUGUGCUCCGCCUUAAAGGCAGAAACAUCGAGGAGAACCAGUAUGUCAAGAUGGGCGCCUAUCACACCCUCGACCUGGAGCUGAAUCGCAAGUUCGAGCUGCGUAAGCCGGAAUGGGACACAAUUGCCUUAGAGCGCAUCGAAAUGGCCUGCGAUCCCACACAGUCUGCGGAUGUAGCCGCCGUUGUGAUGCAGGAGGGAUUAGCACACGUCUGCCUGAUCACCGCCAGUAUGACCCUGGUGCGGAGCAAGAUUGAGGUCUCCAUACCGCGCAAGCGCAAGGGCAGUGUCCAGCAACACGAGAAGGGACUGGCCAAGUUCUACGAGCAGGUUAUGCAGAGCAUCCUGCGGCACGUCAACUUCGAUGUGGUCAAGUGUGUGUUGAUUGCGUCGCCGGGAUUCGUGCGCGAUCAGUUCUAUGACUACAUGUUCCAGCAGGCGGUCAAAAUGGAUUACAAGCUGCUGCUGGACAACAAGAGCAAGUUUAUGCUGGUGCACGCAUCCUCGGGAUUUAAGCACUCCUUAAGAGAAAUUCUACAGGAUCCCGCCGUGCUGGCCAAGAUGUCUGACACCAAGGCAGCUGGCGAGGUCAAGGCCCUGGAACAAUUCUACAUGAUGCUGCAAUGUGAGCCCGCCAAGGCCUUCUAUGGAAAGAAACAUGUCCUCCAAGCCGCCGAGUCGCAGGCCAUCGAAACGCUGCUGAUCUCGGACAACCUCUUUAGAUGCCAAGACGUUAGUCUGAGAAAGGAAUAUGUCAAUCUGGUCGAAUCCAUUCGCGAUGCUGGGGGAGAAGUCAAAAUCUUUUCGAGCAUGCACAUCUCAGGAGAACAACUUGCUCAACUAACUGGAAUUGCAGCCCUCCUGCGCUUCCCGAUGCCCGAACUGGAGGACAGCGACGAUGAUGAUGAUGAGGAUGGAGCGGCAGGCGGGGUGGCAGAUAGCGAUAGCGACUAGGAUCAUAAAUAGGAAUAGCUUCAUGGAAUCUUGGCAUUUGAUAACGGAAAAUUUUGACUUAGGAACUUAACUAGCGAGCGAUAUACAAGUAGACUAAUAGGAACCACGACAGACUUGGACGUCAGGGCAUAUACAAUAUACAUACAUAGUGCUAAUUCAAUACAAUAUACACACUGCUUAAGUUCACCCGUGGCUGGGCCUACAAAUUCAACAUUUUAUAUUCUUUGUGUUCAAUUAAAUGGCCACAAUAUUGUUAGGUUUCAAUUAUUGCUUCAUAUGAGUUGCGUUAACUAUAUUCGGCAAACUAAAUUCCUUUCCGGCGCACUUAAAUUCAUUGUUCAUUCAUUUGUAAAAUGGAAAACGGAGGUUUACAAAAUGAUUAAAAACGGCAUAUAAUAUAGUUAUUUAUCCAGUUUCGUUGUUUAAACCCGGAUUUUAUGCAUCUUCAGAACGCUCUUAAUGUUGCUUAACUUUAUAAGAUUUGUAAUUAUCAUUUUAUGCUGUAAACAUAACCCUUUGUUAAACCCUACUAGUUGAUACAGAAUGUAAGUAAUUAACCAUGCUGUAAAAUAUAUAAAUGUAAAAUAAAUCAUUUUCAAGAAUUCACCUAACUG